GUCAUGAAUACAAUAGGUUGUUAGUUACAUGGGAGUUGUUUUUGUUCUACAAAUCUGAUUAAAACGCUGGAAAAAAUGAAUAUUUUAGAUCAAUUUGAGGUUCCCUCACAAAAUUCUAAAAUAAAUAGCUAUAAUAAUGCUGAAAUGAGCACUUCUGGAUACAUUCAAAUGAGCAUGGAACAAGAAAUGCCCAUCUUCACAAAAGCAAAGAAAGAUUUCACGCCAGCAGAUAGUAUAACACAUGUCGCUAUCUCCAAUAAGUAUCUUGUUGUGGCGAUGUCCAAUUGCGUACUGUUUCGCAUGAAUCUCAACAAUCCGUCACAGCAGGACGAGAUUUCGAUAUCAAAAUACACUAAAGCGAGCCGAUUGACUAAUCUCUUUCUGGAUCCGCAGGGUAAUCACCUGCUGAUGACUUUCGCGCCGAUAAAUCCGGAUGGACCCUCCGAAUUGGUCUAUUUGGCGAGGAAAUCAAACAAGUUAAAAUCCAGCUCGAAGUUUCGUACUCAUACUUUUACAUCUGUGGCUUGGAACUACAACAACCAAUCAGAAAUAUCCACUGGGACAAUUCUCUUGGGUACAACAAAGGGAUUGAUUAUUGAAACGGAAAUAGUUAUGGAAGGCGAGAAAUAUUUCAUCACUUCUGGUUUGGAACAAUAUUGGAAACAGCUGCCAAAUUAUUUACCCUUAUAUGGUGUUCGGGAGGUGGAAGGAUUACUAUUUGAUAUUGGUAAAGACAACGAAGUACCAAUUACCGGACUUGAGUUUUUUAAUUUACCUGGUACCGAUAAGCAUUUCGUUUUUGCUUCUACGCCAAGAAGAUUGUAUAUGUUCACGGGACCAGCAAAUCCGGACGAUAAGCCGCUCUUGCAACAGGUCUUCAAUAAAUAUCUGAACAUUCCAGAAAAGGAUUCUUAUAUAGAGGAAGAAAGCUCCCUCAAGUAUUCACAAUUGAAGUUUUGGUCCGAGAAUUUGGUCGUACCAAAUUAUUUGGCUUGGAUGACUCAGUACAGUGUUUCUUAUGCAAAAAUAGACUUGUAUAAUCUACAAAGUAUUAAAGAUAUUAAGGAUAAGAUAGAAUUAAUAAAAUACCAAAGGCCUAAUUACGGAAGCGAGCAGUUUUCGACUAAGGCACCAUUUGCUCUGGCUCUCACUGAAUUUCAUGUUUUAAUUGCGUACACUGAUAUGAUUAAAGGGAUGUCUCUGCUUAAUGCAGAUUUGGUAUACGAAGACAAUUACAACGAGGCUUUCGGUAGCUUGGUCAAUUUAGUAAAGGAUCAGAUAACUGGCACCAUUUGGGCUGUGACGCAGAAUGCUAUAUUUCGCUUCAAGGUGACCAAAGAGGAGCGACAUGUCUGGAGGAUCUACUGCGAUAAGCAAGAGUUUGAGCUUGCCAAAAAGUAUUCAAAAGAUAACGAAGCAUACUAUGACCAGGUGCUCAUCAAGGAGGCAAACAUGCUGUUCGAAAGUGGUAAUUAUGUACAGAGCGCUCUCUGCUAUGCUCAAACGCAGUCUUCCUUUGAAGGCAUCUGCCUGAAAUUUAUUCAGAUCGAUCAGCAAACCGCAUUAAAAGUAUUCUUAAGAAAAAAAUUGCAAAACUUAAAGCAGCAAGACAAGACGCAGAUAACAAUGAUAGUGCUUUGGUUAAUAGAGCUAUAUCUGAAUCAGUUCGAAGAAAUGCGUCUGAAAGAUCAAGAUCGAACCAAAGAGUUUUCUGAUUUGGAAAAGGAAUUCGAGCAGUUUCUAACGAUGAAACAAAUAUGCGGCACUGUGGAAAAGAAUCGUCGGAGCAUCUACGAAAUCAUGGCCAGUCAUGGCGAUAAAGCAAAUGCUAUCAGGUUGACUAUAGUUCAUAAAGAUUUUGAGCAACUGAUCAGGCAACACAUUUAUAAAAGCAGUUUCCCUGAGGCGUUAGAUGUCCUUAAAAGCCAAAAUAACCGUGAGCUCUUCUAUCAGUUUGCACCUAUUUUGAUCCAGGAAAUCCCGAAACUAGUUGUGAAGGCAUUGAUUGAUCAAGGUCGAAACCUUAUGCCGGUCAAAUUGUUGCCCGCUUUGGUCAGCUGCAAUGGCAAUGCCCAUUCAUUGGAGAUCAUUAAAUACUUGGAGCAUUGCGUAAACAUUUUGAAAUGUAAUGAGAAAGCAGUACACAAUCUGCUUCUAUCGCUUUACGCCAAAUAUAACCAAACCCAAGUGAUGGAGUAUUUAAACUCGCAAGGACUGAAUAUCUCAAUGGUAAACUAUGAUGUGUACUUCGCAUUACGCUUGUGUCAAGAGAAAAAGUUAACGAGAGCUUGCGUACAAUUAUCCAGCCUACUAGGACUCUGGGAAAGCGCCGUUGAUAUGGCUCUAACAAUUGACAAGAAUUUAGCUAUUCAGAUCGCAAAUCAGCCGCCACAAAGUGAAAUCGAACUACGCAAAAAGUUAUGGCUGAAGAUUGCGAAGCACGUUGUAAGCGGCAAAGCAGAUAUCCAAACUGCCAUGGAGUUUUUGAAACAGUGCGAUCUAAUUCGAAUUGAAGAUAUUCUUCCGUUCUUCUCAGACUUCGUUACCAUGGAUCAUUUCAAAGACGCAAUCUGUAAUUCGUUAAUGGAGUACAAUCAGCACAUCGAGGAUCUGAAGGAGGAAAUGGAGGAGGCCACAAAAUCGGCGGAGUUGGUCCGCAAGGAAAUCCAGUCCUUCCGAAACAAGUACACUUUCAUCAGGAACUCGGACGUUUGCGAGAUCUGCGAAAUGACUCUGAUCAUGAGACAAUUCUAUAUGUUUCCAUGCAGACACAGAUUCCACUCUGAUUGUCUACUGAAGGAGUUGAAUCCAUUGCUGGGUCCUGCUAGAAGGAACAAACUGAACGACUUACAAAGGCAAUUCAACUUUUUGAAUACACAGACUAUUGAUAAUAUAAGCACAGGAUCGUCAGGAAUGUCCACAAAGGACAUUGUUAAAGCUGAAAUUGAUAACAUCGUCGCCUCUGAAUGCCUCUACUGUGGCGAGAACAUGAUUAGGAAUAUAGAUAUUCCAUUUUUCGAUGAGAAUGAAUAUGAAAGUAUCCUCAAAGAGUGGGAAUAAUAUUUAAA